UGAAAAGCUCACAAUUAGACAGUCGAAUUUUAAACUUGCUCUGAUUCACUUUGAGAGCCUUUCACGGAUUCCAAUCGAUUUUGUGAAAGGACAUUUUAAAGUGUUGAAGUAAUCCCAAAAGAGAGUUCGCUUCGUCUAAAAUACUUGAAAAUUCGUUUAAGUUGUACGGGCGUGAAAUUGUCGGAUCGUGAGUUAAAAACAGGAGCAAAGAGUGCGCUCAGGCCGUUUGCAACGGAUAACUUGAGUCCUUCGUAAGGACAUUUUCAACAAGUGUGAAUAAAGGAGUCGUCCAACCCUAAUUGUAUUAUUCUGCCAAUAUGUCUAAAGUGGUGUUGUGCUGUGCUGUGCUGAGCGUUUUUGUAGCAACGCUUCCCUUCUCGGCGAAGGCAAUCGAUUUGAGUCGUCUGUAUGGCCAUUUGGGAUCACCGGUUCAGAAACGCAGUGAUGCCUGCCAUCCAUACGAACCAUUCAAGUGUCCUGGGGAUGGAAAUUGUAUUUCCAUCCAAUAUUUAUGCGAUGGAGCUCCAGACUGUUCUGAUGGAUACGACGAGGAUAUGAGACUUUGCACAGCAGCAAAACGACCACCCGUUGAAGAAACAGCAUCUUUUCUACAGAGCUUGAUAGCAUCACAUGGCCCUAAUUAUUUAGAAAAAUUAUUUGGAAGCAAAGCACGUGAUGCUCUUCAGCCUUUAGGGGGCGUAGAAAAAGUGGCAAUUGCAUUAAGUGAAUCACAGACUAUUGAAGAUUUUGGAGCUGCACUGCAUCUUAUGAGGUCCGAUUUGGAGCACUUACGAUCUGUUUUCAUGGCUGUAGAAAAUGGAGAUCUUGGAAUGUUGAAAUCACUAGGAAUAAAAGACUCGGAGUUGGGUGAUGUGAAAUUCUUCCUCGAAAAAUUGGUCAACACAGGAUUCCUCGAUUGAGUAGGACCAGAUCCAGCUUCCCCAUAUUAUUAUUCAGUUCCAAUUAACAGUCAAUUUUAUUCAUAUUUAAGUUCAUAUAUCGACAGAUAUAAUUAUUAGAUUUCCAAUUAUUCAAAUUUGUAGAUUAUUUUUUUUUUAUUUAUUUAUAGAUUUCUAUUGUUAUGAUAAAUACUAUGUUUCAGAAAAAUACAAAAAAAAAUAUAAAACAAAUUAAGUUGCUUGCAUGGUUUAAGUUGCUCCAACAUACAAAUAAAAACCACAAAAAAAAAAGAAUUUAUUUCGCAAAAUAGAGAAUUGGAUAUUUUUAUUAGAGGAAAAGCUGACACUGUAGGAGUCAUCUCUAUAUUGCGAAAUACCCUUAAGAACAAAUAGUAAAUAAAAAAAAAUAGUAGAAAACACAAUCUACGUGUAUUAGAGGCUGGCAAAUAUACGUAUAUUACUCUGCUUAACCCCAAUACAAUAUGGUAUAGUUAAAUCAACAUUAGUUUUGUUUUUCUGGAAUUGCAUUUUGUUAGGUGAUCUUAUUAUUCAUUUAAUUUCAACCAUUUCGAAUUCAAAAGUAAAAAAUAAAUAUCUGGAAGCAAUUUUGAAAAUAUUCUAAGGUCACUUUCCGUUAUUUUUUCAAUGAUAAUUAACGCAUAUAUUUCUUAAUGGAAGCAGGAUCGAAUUGAACAAUGAAAAUAUAUUUUUAAAAUGAUAAUAAUACGAAAAAUUGUUAAUGUAACAGUUUUGAACUUUUUUCAACGAAAAGUUUAUAUUUUAGGAUUAAAUUUUAGAAAAUCCUUUUAAAUAUUUAUUAAUAUUACAAUAAAUUUCAUAUUUGGUCAACAAUUUGAACUACUCUUAUAUUAUUAUUAAUUUUUUUCAUUCAUUGCAAUUGCUAUAAAUUUAUUUAUAAAUUUUUCAUUGUUAAUUCUCUAUAAAUUAAAUGUUUUCCUGCAAUCAAUAUUCAGAUAAAAAAGAUACUUGGAUCCACCAAAAAAGGAUGUUUAUAGAUAUUUCCAAAGUAGCUCAGCUAGUAAAAAGAACCGGUCCUUUGCCUAGCCGUUUAGACAGUGACAAUGUUCCCCAGCAAUAAUUGAAGGUAGUUGUCGUAGUUGAUCCAAUUUCACAUUAUUGCUAAAUGAAUCUUGAAAUUCUGCAUGUCAUGUGAUAUGUGUUUCUUAUGUCCUACCCUUAACACAGAAAGAGGAAGUUGAACAAAGUAAAUUAUUAUAUGGAGUGCCGCAGCCCAAAACUAACAAUUAAUAUCAAUCUAAAGAAAAAAACAUGAACUUAUAACUAAAUACCUGAACAAAUAUCUGUGUGUAAUCAACUAUCUUACAAACUUGAAAAUAGCACAAUCGUGAAGCAUAAAUAUAUAUAUAUAAAUAUAUAUUUUUAUUUACUCUCCAUACACAAGUAACAUGAAUAUAUUUUUAAAAGUCUAAAUCUAAUGUAAAUUUAAAUAUCAACAAACAUAUCAAUUACACUCAUAACUAUUCUCUGUAAGUGAUGUUAGUAUUAGAAAGGACUAACGAGAAAUUGAACAAGUGAAUUAUGGAAGCAAAUGAUCCAAAUGCCUAAAACUAUUGAGUCCAGUCAUUAAUAUACGAUAGUAGUAUAUGAAAUUCAUGAUAAUAGAUUUAUAAAACUAAUGCAAACUAUUUGAAAUUUGGUAUUUAACAAACACAUAUAUAUACAUAUCAACCGUUUCACAAGCAUAUCCACUGAAUUUUGAUUAGAAACAAAGAGAACUGUGAAUAUGGAAUCAAGUGAGUAAACCCAAAUUAAUUACAUAUCAUACUUUUAGAGACUAAUUUAACGAGUGGAUAAAAUAUUGAAAUCCCUGAAAAAUGUUUAUCAAGUUUAUGGUUUUCAACACCAACUCACUGUAACACUUGUUCAUAUUAUAAUCUUAUAUACAACAUCAAAGACAAAAUUAUUAAAAAAAAAAAUUUGAAAAUGGCAAAAAGAUAAGAAAAUAGUCAUAGAAAAAAGGAGAAAUUAUGAAGCUAAUGGAGUUAUGUACCUUACACUAGAUUAUUAGAAAAGAGAAAAUACCAUUCAC